AUGACGACGUCGUGGCAAAAUUGCUUGCCUCGUGAAGAGAAACUCACGGCGGCCAGAGACCAUGUGUGUCUGCGCAACACGGCUGGACAAGCAGCCAAAGAUUUGGCGACCGCUGGUGCCAAGUUGCUUUUGGACAAGUUUUUACAGAGCAUUGAGGAGCAGCUGGAGCCUAUCCGGCGCCUUCUCGAGGAAGCACGGCUCGUCGAAGCCGUCGCUGCCAAAAAAUUGGCGGAUGUCAAAAAGUUGCUGAACGAAGGCGCUGCCGUCACGGAGGAUGGCGUCAUGGUGAGACGAUAUGGCGUGCGGCUGUCGGCGCAAACGACAAGGAAUUGA